ACGGUCAGACAGACCAAAAUGGAUUUCUUCUUUGAUGACCUUMCAUCCAGCUCCCUAUCCACUCCUAAGAAAGGUCAUGAAGACUCGCCGAUGGUGGAAGACACAGAUUGUGACUUGUCAAAAAACAAGUCAAGUGUGAGUAUGACUGAGAUUCAAGAGAACCGUAGCAGCUCGUACAUUGAUGACAUCAGCAAAAGAGCUCAAGAAAUGGUGGAAAAACUAAGUCACGAGCGAACCAGAGACCAGGAAAUGAUGGACAGCUUUCAGAAGCAGCUAACAGAGAAGGUGUCAGAGAUGUGUCAGUUGAUAAAAGAGGAAAUGUUCACCAUCUAUGAGCUUAACAGCAAUGAAAUCCAGGUGAAGCUGCAAGAGCUGUCAGAGGUGCUGGAAAGCUGCUCUAAGCUGGAGAACGAGCUCCUGGAGGCCAGCCAGGCCUUGGAAUGCCUCAAAGAUGGUCUGGACAUUAAUCAGAGAGCAGAGCCGUAACAAAUUAAUUUUAUGCUCAACUAGGGUUAUUAAACUGAAGACAUAUUGAA